AUGGUAGUACUUGGAAGCGCAAGCAGAUAUGGAGAUAUGGAGGAGGAGAGACGAGAAAAGAGUGAGCGGACAUCUGCGGAACUGAGGUUACAAAUUGAAGCCCUUAGUGAAAGCUUUAACGAGCAAGACAGACUUCUCUUCUCCAGCAUAAGCGCCCUCAGUCUCAGGAACACAGAAGCAAAGACGCACUAUCAGCAGCUCAUCCAAAGUCUCCAGAAACAACUGCAGGCAGCAGAAAGAGACGUCGCUGUGGCUGAGAAAGACGUGGCGACAACACGCUUUUUAAAAGAAAAGGAGCUACAGAACGCCAAAGAGGCCCUCCGCCAUCUGGAAGGAGAGCUCGAAAAAAUGACGUUUCAAUUUGCCGAGCUUCUUAACGACACUGCAGAGAAGCUGGCAGAAAGAAUUUCUAUGUCCCAGGGAAGUUGGGCAGCUGAGCAGAAGCGGAUGCCUCUGGAGCUGCGUAUGAAACAAGAGAGCCCUGUGGCACUUGGAACUGCCUUCCAGGCGCAUGGGGUAGGCGAACGCCGAGUAGAAGGAGACUGGAGGGAGCCUUAG